AUGGGAGGCACGGCUCGGGACAGCCCGGAGGACUGCCGCUUUCUGGACGCAGAAGUAUCCAAGAGGCGAACGAGGACCUGCAGCAGGUACCAGGUCUGCGGGCUGCUCUUCAGCGUGCUGCUCAUCUCUCUUAUCCUGAUCUUCUUUGGUGUCAAAUACCUCCGGAACCCAGCGCCCAGAAAAGUUUACGACAUGGAACACACGUUCUUCAGCCACGGUGAGAAGAAGAAGAUUGUGAUGGAGAUCGACCCACUGGCCAGGACAGAGACCUUCAGCAGCGGGAAUGGCAGUGAGGAAAUCCUGGAGAUCCAUGACUUCAAAAACGGAAUAACUGGCAUCUUCUUCGUGGGACUUCAAAAAUGCUUCAUCAAAACUCAGACUAAAGUCCUACCUGAGACUACAGAGGCCAAGAUCCCAGAGCUUGAGGGAGAAGAAAUCACGACCACGUACUUUGAGCAGUCUGUGGUCUGGGUGCCCGGGGAAAAGCCCAUCCAGAACAAGGAGUUCCUGAAGAGCUCCAAGAUCUUUGACAUCUGCAGAAAUGUGACCAUCUACUGGAUCCACCCCACACCCAUAGCAGCUCCUGAGCUGGCCAACCUUGAAGGGGCAGAAGAAGACGACCCUGAGCUGCUCAUAGACAACCAGAGCUGGUUGGACGGGGGGAGCGAACACGAGGUGGAGAAGGAUGAGCAGCCAGGGCCCAAGCGUCGCGCACGGCAGCUCACUGAGGAGGACCUGCCCGUCAAUGACUACUCGGAGAACGGGCUGGAGUUCCACCCGCUGUGGGACGAGCACG